AUGCAAAAUCGACGCGUGAAGAAUCUCGCAAACUCUGCCGACGGACAAGAUGCUACCACCACAACUUACGUGGACGAACCGUGUGAAGAAGCACGAGAACUCGCAGCGCGAAAUCCAGUGGAAAGUCUUCAAUCGAACGAGGAUAUGUGCACCGAAGAUGCAUUGAUUGUAAAUCAGUGUAGUGUUUAUGCCAAUGGGAAAUCAGUGGACCCUUCAACGCUCAUGUUUUUCGUAUUUCAAACGUUGGUAACUACGGAUGCACGUGAAACUGUGUCCAAAUCAUGUUGUAGCCAAGUGAACAACAUUCUGAAACAACUCGAAAAAAUUCCGAAACUUCGACUCAGAAAACCCGGCAAAAUCAACGUGCAGAGGACGCGCAUCGUUAACUUGGCGGCACCCACUCACAUAGACAACGCUGGCCCAAAACGUUACGAGGACAUGCUUCAACAUCGACUUGAUGUAAUCAAGCGCAACACCCUUUACCGCACUCUUCGCCACGUGGAAGCAUCGAACACUGCCACUUUCAAGAAAAACGACUUGCCAGCGUCGCCCACCCCGUUCCUAAUUGUGGUGCAGAUGGAUAUCCAGCAAUACAUGUAAAUUAAUCACGUAGAAUGCGAUACAAGAUUUUACAACUAGUCUUCCUUUUACUUUUACUGGUUGGGACCAGGGCUGAGAGUGGGAAAGACAGGAAAAGUGAAGAUCCAAAGGAGGAAGAUGAGGGUGAGAGUAAAAAUGAAGAACAAUAUGACUUGCACAGUUCAGUGAUGGAAGAUAUAGCUUCCAAAGCAAUGAGAAUUGUUCCUGCUCCAGAUUUGUCAAAAGUUGGGGAGGGAAAAUCAGAGGGUACAUCUGAAGAUGAGGAAGCAGAUCUUUUUUCCAAACAAAAGAAGUGGAUUCGGGAAAUCAUUGCUCAGGUGGAGGGUUCAGAAAUUGACAUUGUGAAUGAUGGAGAGGAGAAAGUUAGUGAAACCAGUGAGGAAACAGGGACUACUGAAGCGUCAGAAAGUUCUCCUGAGCUUAGUCCUCAGGAAAAGCAAGCUCUGGAGUUAUAUCAAGGAGGGAUGGCAAUGCUGAAUGCUACUAGGCCCAACAAAGCAGCUGCCUAUAAACUUUUGCAGCGAGCUGCAGAACUUGGCCACCAUGGAGCGAAAAUUCAGGUUGCCUGGGCACAGCUCCUGGGAUCCGGGCUGGCUCAGGAUAUUGAAGCCGCUCGUAUGGUCUUUGAAGAACUUGCUGCUGUUGGGGUGGCUGAUGCUCACAUGGGUUUAGGUUUCCUUUAUGCCACUGGUAUUUCAGUUCCUGUAAAUCAGGCUCGUGCAUUAGUUUACUAUACUUUUGGAGCUCUUGGUGGAAACACAUGGGCUCAAAUGGCUUUGGGAUAUCGUUAUUGGACUGGUGUUACUGUUUCUAUGAGCUGUGAAAGAGCAUUGGAUUAUUAUCGAAAGGUGGCAAACAAAGUUGCAGAAGAAGUCUCAUUAUCAGGUGGCCAAGCAGUGCAGAGAGUGAGAUUAUUAGAUGAAUUUGAGAAUCCCGGUUAUAGUUCAGGGUAUUUUGAUAAUGAUCUCCUGGAAUAUUACCAGCUUUUGGCAGAAAAGGGGGAUGUACAAGCCCAGGUUGGAUUAGGUCAACUUCAUUAUCAGGGAGGUCGUGGAGUGCAACAGGACCAUCAGAAGGCUUUACAUUAUUUUCUUCAAGCUGCAGAUGCUGGAAAUGCUGUGGCCAUGGCAUUCCUUGGCAAGAUAUAUCUUGAAGGGAGUGAUAUUGUCAAACAAGACAAUGACACGGCUUACAAAUACUUCAAAAAAGCUGCUGAUCUUCAAAAUCCUGUUGGGCAGAGUGGUCUUGGUCUAAUGUACCUCUAUGGUAAAGGUGUUGAUAAGGAUUAUAGCAAAGCAUUUAAAUAUUUCACUCAGGCUGCUGAUCAUGGCUGGGUAGAUGGCCAAUUGCAGUUGGGUAACAUGUAUUUUCGUGGUCUUGGUGUACAGCGAGAUUAUAAAAUGGCAAUCAAGUACUUCAAUCUUGCUUCCCAGUCAGGUCAUGUUCUAGCAUUUUAUAACCUUGCUCAAAUGCAUGCCACAGGCACUGGAAUGAUGCGAUCAUGUCUGACUGCUGUGGAGCUAUUCAAAAACGUAGCAGAACGAGGAAAAUGGGGUGAGAAAUUAAUGGAGGCUCAUAUUCACUAUCGCGAAGGUCGUGUUGAUGAGUCGUUUCUCACCUAUUCGCUUUUGGCUGAAUUGGGAUAUGAAGUUGCGCAGAGUAAUGCUGCAUUUCUCUUAGACAAAGGUGAUGUUACUCUUUUUGAUCAACAAGAAACAUAUGUACGAGCUCUUAUGUACUGGGGCCGAGCUGCAGCACAAGGUUGCUCUGCUGCCCAAGUGAAACUUGGUGACUACCACUAUUAUGGGCUGGGCACUCCAAUUGAUUAUGAGAUGGCUGCGACUCACUAUCGUCUUGCUUCUGAACAACAGCAUAAUGCCCAGGCUAUGUUCAAUUUAGGUUAUAUGCAUGAGCAAGGAUUAGGAAUGCAGCAGGACAUUCAUUUAGCAAAACGGUGUUAUGAUAUGGCUGCUGAGACAAGUGCUGAUGCAAAGGUUCCAGUUGCUCUUGCACUUAUGAAAUUAUCUAUGUUAUUUACUAUGAAGUACAUCCAAGAGCAUCGAUGGCAGGAAUGGUUUCUACUUUUCAAUUUGGACCAAACUUUAGGUUCAAACUGGGAUUUGUACCUGAUUACUACUUUGGUUGGCCUGUUGGGAAUUGUGAUUUACUUUCGACGCCCUCAGAUACAAUAAAGUGGUGUUGGUGGUGAUGGUGAUUGUGGUUUAUGCACUCAAUGAGACAGUGCUGCCAAGUUGUCAUGUCACGAAUAAAACAAAAAUAUGGACUUUUUCCAUAAAAAGACCUUUACUUUUGUUAAUAUGUCAGUCACAAUUUUGCACUGGCAUUUCAAAAUUAUGUUCUUUUUCAAGAAUGUAAAUAUGUGAAGGAAUUAUAUUGUGUGAUUAUACCAGAAACAUUAUUAAAAUAUUGUAGUAGCAAAAAUGUUUGAUCUAUCUUCAAGAAAUGUAUGUGCAUAAAAGGCGGGUGUUUCACAUUAGAUUAAUUAUUAUUAUGAAACAAAAAGAAAAAAGAAUAGGAUUUUCUUGUAUCUGACCAAAUGAAAUGUAUGUUGUUUUACUAUGCUUCUUAACGAUGUUACUCGUUGAAAGAUAUUAACUUUCUUCUUUCUUUCUUUCUUAAAAGGUUUAAAAAAAUCAUUUGAUAGCUCCAGCAGAUCGGUUCCAUAAAAUACAAAAUUAUUAAAGUAAAAAGUGGUUGUGUUGUUUCUAAUUGAAAUAUUAUGUACUUAAUUUUAUUUUUAUGUACAAUAAUAUUUGGCUAACUAUUUUAUUCUUAUUCAUCAAUAAUGUACUUUUGAAAAUUUCUCAUGCGUUUUAUAAACAAACAGCAUCUGCAGGUUCGUUCUGUAUUGAAGCAUUAUUUUAUCACAGAACUAGAGUAUAAAACAAGAAUUUCCAUGAUUCAAUUCAUUAUUGACCAUCUUGGUUUUGUAGUUUACUACAAACGUGGAAUGGUAUGUGUGUAACUAAAAGUAUUCCAUGCUUUUAGACAAACUCAUUGUCCUCUUCUGCCAAAUAUCAAACAUUAAAAAGCAAAUAAAACUAAAAACGCCCUUAGAUGUCAUUGGUUUAUGUGUUACCUCUCAGGUGACUUAAAUGGUAUUGCAUAUUUUCAUACCUCAAAACAUAUUUUGCAUACCGUAAUACAUUUUUUCAGUGAUGUAGUAAAAUUUAAAAUAAGAACCAAUAUUUGAAAUGGUAAACCUUUGUUUUAGAACGGUUGACUGAUGUUACAACACUUCAGGAUUCAUUUCUAAAGAUUGAUGUAACACAGAAAUGUUAAUUGUUAUUUAUAAUUUUAAUUAUUACAUUGUUAUUUAGUGAUGUGACUGGGGAGCAACAGGUAACAGCAAAGUAUAAAGUAUAUGGCAGUGUCAAAUGCCUUUGUAUGAGAGAACGUAAGAUUUAUAUAAAAUAGUAUUCUUGUUGAUCAGUGUCAUGACAGUCGUGAGAAACCUGAAAAGCAGGUUUUUUUUCUAGUCUUUAUGUCCCUUUGUAAACACUCACAGCACAGUGUUCAAGCGUGCAUGUUCUGCAGAAUGACCUGCAUAUUUGUGAACAAUAAUUUACAAUAAAUGUUUCUAAGAAGUUAAUUUACAGUGAACCUUUAAUAGUUGUUACGUUAAAUAUUAUUUUUUGAUGAAUUUCAAUCAUAACAUGGAUUUUUAAUGCAUUGAGGAAAGUAGUUCACCAGGGUCAUUGUCUAGUACUUGGCUGUCCAAGAAAUUUGAUCUUUAGCAAUGACACCACAUUGCAGCCUUAAUUUAGAAAUAUGAAUUGCCUGGAAUGCAGGAUAAUUUUUCCCUUGAAGCAUUAAAAAUUUUACCACAAAGUGAAUCACUUAACCAUACAUGGUCGUGUAAAACAAAACUUAUGUUCAAUUCACAAAAAAGCACUGUAGUAAACCAAGAUUAAGAAUGAUAUCUUAGUUUAAGACAGUUCAUUAGAAAAACAUCACAAUAUUGUCACGGUUAUAGGAACCUAUUUUCAUUCACUAGUCCUCACCUUAAGCAUAGCCUUUAUCACAAGUUUUGAAACAUUUUUUGUUUUGUUGGAAAAGUUUUCAGCAAGUCAUACAACAUGACGGAAAUGCAGACAAAGCAGACAUACCUUUCUCAUGUAUGUUCGGGGUGGGGGGAGAGCAUGCAGUUAAUUCCAUUCGCUAUUCGCCAUUAUAAAUUUGGUGUAAUAAAUAGUUCAAAUUAUAUUGCAAUAAAUUUUAAUUUGUUGGUAGCUAGUAUGGUAUGAUGAAUGUUUUUUUUUCCAUUUCUUGUGAAUACGGU